AUGUCCUUCUCGAAAGCCAAACGAACUUGUGCUGUAAUGGGAGGAUCACUCGCAUACUUCGACUCUGAAGAAGAGUACAAUGUGUUCAGAGCUGGUAGAAGCGCUGAGCGUAAUGAUUGGAUCGGCAUCAAAAGGAAUUCAAGACUUUUCAAGACAGUUGCGAAGACUAUUCCCAGCUGGACAAACUGGAAAGACGGCGAGCCUAGCAUGGAUGACACGACUAAAGCUUGUGUCAAGGCAGGAUACACGGGUCGUUGGAACGAUGAAGACUGCAACACCAAGUUCCAAGUCACGUGCAGAUUCGAGGAUUCUAGCUACUGCGAACUCUAUUAA